AAAAAAAAAAAAAAAAAAUUCUAUGAUGCAAAAGUCAAUAAAGAUUAUUGAAAUUAUUAUACCAAUCUGUUUUACCUUACUACGACUGCACGACCAUUGGAUUCACACUUGAGAUCUUUCUACGUUUAAAAUAUUUAUGUGUUGUGUGUGACACUCUGAAUUUCUACCAGGUAGUGGGUGAGACGAUUCAGAUUGUUGGAAAUGCCUUGUGUUGAUUGCUGAGAUUUAAAUAGUCAGUCUUACUAUUUCAUUCCAUAGGUCAUGUGGAUGAUUAUAUUAUUGAGAAGAAUAUAAGAUAUUUCAAUUAUAUUUUAAAUAGAAGACACUAUGCAAAGAAGAAGAUGAUAUUCAAGAUAGAAAGAUUGAAUCCUCUGUUUAUUAUUCACGAGCUUAAGGGAAUAAGAAUACAGUAGAUUCUUUAUAUAGUGGUUCUUAUGAACUCUCUAACUAAUCUCUAACUGACUGUAACCAUGUGGGUGUUUGUGAAACUACUUAACAGAAUUACAACUGUACAGAAUCUAUUACAAACUACACCCUUGAUGUAAGUGAUGGCGUAUGUGAUCUUUGGGGUGUCUGAUGAGUGGAGAUGCUGCUGCAUGAUUGAGGCUGCAUGUGUAGCUGGUGCUGCUGGUUUACUCAUGCAGAAGUGGCUGAAGUUGUAUUCCUCUGUUUAAGACAAUGCUCUAUAGGAUGGUCUGCAGGAGGUGGUCUAUCACCAUGUAAAUGGUACAAUGCUCCUUUCGCUUAGAAUAUAGCAGUAGACGUGUUAAAAUUAUUGCUUUUGGCAGGCAUGAAAAUUACAACCAUCCAAAGAAGAUAGGGAAUCUAAUUAAUAUGAGCUGACGUAUAGUGUUAAGAACACGUAUGGUACUUCAACAACAUUUGGAUAGCAAGGUAAUUUUAGAACCAAUCUGACAAUAGGAUGCACUGAUCCUACUUUCUAUUGUUGUUUCCGAGAGAUUUGGUCUUAUUUUUAGAAUUCUAUUUUUGAGUUCCCAAGAUCUUUAUUUCUUUUUGGUAGAGUUUACAAUCAUUUAUUGAAAUGUCAAAAGCUUUUGUUUCCUUGCCAGUACUGGCAAUGAGGUCAUGCUACCACAAUAGCAGUUCAUGCUGCAAAACAAGCUUUGGUGAAAACAACUGCCAUUGGUGCUAUUGCACCCACCUGGCUGGUCCCCUUCCUAUUGUGCUUGGUCGAGAAUCCAAUAUGGAGACAAGGUAUGGGCCGCUGCUUAGGAUAUUGAAAUUAUUACCAGAAAAUUCAUAUUCACAGACAUUAAAAUCCCAAUAUACUUACUGAAGAUCUUUCCUGGUUCUUGCAAGAGAAUUUUGAGCUGAAGCUAAAAUGAUUCAGAGGGAGCAUAAAAUUGGUCAUAUUGGCAGAGAUAUUCUCUUUUAAUGAAAUGAAGAAGACGAUCUGAGUUGAUAGAGUUCUCCAGGGAAAGGAUGAGAAGAACUAUAAUCUCCUUUUGGUGGAUGCAUUUGGAUGAUGAGCUUAACUACGUCUUAUGCUUUACCUAAUUAGAGUUUGGUGCACCACUCACCUUUAUCUCUCAUGCCUUAAGUUUUACAAGGUUAUUCCUUCAAAUCAGUGUGAAGCGUGUUUAUUGUUGAUCUUUGCUUGCAAAUUAACCAUUUGAAGAUUGUUGAAAGUGCCAUUUUGGCAUCAGUGUCAAUAGUUCAAUGGUAAAAUGGAAGCUUCUCUGUGGAAAUUAGGGAACUGUGAGCAUUGUAAGAUUAGGCUUCUUAAAGUAGUGGGGAUUUCAUUAAGAUACAACCUUUUUCUCUUUAUGCUACUCUUAACGCUUUGUCCUUGGGCCACUCUUUUACCAUUCCAAAGCUGCUCACAGGACUUUCUGGACUUAGCCACAGUACUGUGUUGGGGAUGUUAAUGACUUUGUGAGAGAAGAAGGAAUGUUGAAACACAGUGCAUGGAAAAAUCUGAUGGUUUAACUAUGAUCUACUUUGCACCUGUAAAAAACAAGGAUAAUGGAUCUGAAAGGUGUCCUUAGUUUGAUAGCAUUAGUAUAUGCUGGAAUGCAUAAAUUCAAUCUUAUUAUGUAUUGCUGCUUAAAGAAAUUUGUGCCAAAAGACUGCAAUUUUGAGCUUCUUGAGGGUGCAUAAUUCUCUAAAAACUUCGCCAUAUUGGCAGCGAGGUCACA